CGCGCAAUAUCGCGCGUUUUUUUCCAGUUGCGUGACUGGAAGCUGACGCUCCCCGUGCGCUGCCGCGUGGCGCGAACGCGCGCGCGUCGUCUCUCUGGCGAAUCAAUAAAAACAUCGACCGAAAAUAUUAUGCGACGCCGCCUCUCCUUCGCCUCUUAACGCGCUCGGCACACUCGCGGAAUAUCGCUCAGUCGGCGCGGCGCGGCGACGAGCGGAGACGAGAGUGCGUCGCGCGUUUAUUUCUGUGCGUAACGAGCAACAACGAAUGCGCGCGCGGCGCUUCACGCCGCGCGCAUUUGCGCUCCCAUUUGCCGGCUUCGUUAGCGAAAUUAGUCAUUCGAGUCGUGUGUUCGAAUUAACGUCUCCCGCCUGUCACUCGAUCGAGAGCUGCCGCGCGCGCGCGUUUGCAUAUAAGAACGACAGAACGUCGCGUCGCAAUUCAGACAAACUCCAACGGCCAUUAAGUACGAUUUAUGUCCGGUGAGUCGCCGCCGCCGCCGCGCCGGCGCGAAAUGAGAUUCCUCGUGUACCUCGCCAUUGUCUUCGCGGUGCUGAACUUCGUUCACGCGCGGCCGUUUCCUCAAUUUGACGACGACGGUCAAGAGGGAUUGGCCGACAGAGAAGCCGCGUACUACGGGUUCCCAUUGUUCUGGUACAGGAGACCCUUCUACGACGACAAUGACGAAAUUGUUAAUGGAGGUCAGGCUUUAGACACGAAGCGAAGGUCGUCCACCAUGUCCUACGUCGACGUCGGAGCCGGCUGGGGUCGUUGAAGAAAAUUGCCAAGGAAAAGCUGUUCGAAGACAUCGAGACCUGAAUGUACCCUUCGAAAACUUCGCUGAGUCGAGCUGACGGACGGCCGCCUGUCGAGGGGAUUUACUACUCGCCAUUUGUCCCUAUCCACUAUAUUUGCCUAUCAUGCACCAUUUACUAUUUUCUUAUGAUUUGUAAUAUAUAAACGUUUAAUGCACACACCUCGCCUUCUGUCCUCUUCUUCCUCCUCCGCGCAGCAGCGACACGCGCACUCCUUCGAUUCGUUCGACGCAUUUCGCUACGCACGAGAGCGGUCGCGCGCGAGCGUGGUAAACAUUUUGAUACUUGCCACUAACAAAGUUCGCGAGCUCCGAAAAAGCCGUGUGGUGGCCUCUCGAAGAUUCGCACCAUCUGAGUUGGCUCAAGAGAGGAUUACCUCGGUAAGCGGACAAACAAGCAAUUAGACGAACGUUUCUCGCGAAAGACCUGCAACUGCCGCAAGGACACCGCGCUAAACUCGCCGCUAAACUCGCGGUCAAAUAUUGGCCCACGCGUUAACCUCAGCGACGCCGCAUAUAAGCGAUAACGCGGGAUUCUAGAAGCCAGUGCGAGCCGUAAACUGAGAGGUAACUGAGAGAGCGUCAAUUAUCAAUGAAACCACGGAGUUACGCCCGACUCCUCCUCGCCCUCGUCGCGACGAUCGAGGUGGCACCGGCGCCUACGAGAAAUUUGGAACUGGUGCCCAGGACCGUCUGGCAGGAUGUUGGUUUGCGCGGUUUCUACGGGCCGUGGAGCAUCUUGGUGAAGCGGAACGGGGAUUAUGUUGAUUACGCCGAUUACGGCGCCCGAGUCGAGCAGUACCAGCCUAAUUUGCCGGAGAUGCAGUACGACGACGUAUCGAUAACCGGCGGGUAUCGCGACGCGGCGCCUUCGGCUUACGAUAACGUCCUGUCGAAACUUAACACGAUGCUCAGCUCGGCGGGCCUCGCCGAUUUCCGCACGGGAAUUCGCAGCGGUGAUUGGAUCGACCGAAGUACCGAUGACCCGGAACUGCAGGAGGAAGGAUAUCGAGAGUAUACUGAUUCCCAGAAAGUCGACGGAGACACCACCGACGAGGCCGACGACGCGGCGAUCUUGAGCGCGGAGGUUCACAGGGAGAUUUUGUAAAAUAUCAGAUAUAAUAUCGAUAAUAAUAAAAAAAAUGACAUGCAUUCUACACCGGAUCGAUAC